AUGAUGUACGGGACCUUGGAGGUGCCAAAGAAGGAGAAAGAGAUUCAGAUAGAGAAGCCGUCCUUCUACGAUUUCCCUCCAGACACUCUCACUGAUGAGCAGGUCAAGUUGAUCAAGGAGUAUGACAAACAAGUCCAGCUAAUGGAGGAGGAGAAGGAGAAGCUCAGGAAGACGCUGGAGGCAGAGGCGAAGAAGAUCCGAGGAGAGAUCCAGGGAGUCAUCGACGCAUUCAACCACAGGCUGACGUCGCACAUCGAGUUCAGGAGGCAGCACAACUCGAGGAUCCUCGAAGUCGAGCUGGAGGUUUCGCUGCUGCUGGACUCGAUCGUGAAGGAGGAGGACUACAAGAUGCACUUCGACCGCCUCACGCGCAAGGUCGACACGACCUACCUCGACUACACGGGCUCGACCUCGGCGAUGAAGGAGUUCAGGAGGGAGCUGGAGCAAUUCCGGGAGGAGUACGAGACGCUGCUCAACGAGGACAAGAGCGUGGAAAAGACUUUCAAGAAAGAGUUCGUCGACAGCCCCUUCGUAGACGAGCUCACGAAGCUCUUCAAGAAGCGCAAGCAGCAGGAGGCGGAGGCUGAAGGCAGGGCGCUGACCCUGGACCCCUUCGCCGGCAAGGAGACGGGUAGGGAGGGGGCGCGGCCGGAGCCGAUGAGCAUGGACGAGCUGCCAGACGGGCUAUCGCGGGAGCAGGGGGAGAGGUUCCUGGAGCUGAGGGGGAGCAAGAUGGAGCUGGAGAUGGCGGUGAAGAGCAACGCAAAGAAACUGCUGGCGAUGAAUCAGCACAUGUCCGAGCUGAAGAUGCUGCAGGCGGAGGCCUUCCAGCACUAUGAGAAUGCCAAGGAAGCGCUCAAGACCCUUCAGGACGAGCAUCUCAUGGACGUGUUCAACCUGUACAUGCUCGUCAAGCUCAAGCAGGGGCAGGUGGAGCUGGAUGGGGAGAGCAUGCACGACGCGGGCAACGACGCCGCCAUGAUCGAGCGGGAGGCAACAGAGCGGCUGAACUCGCUGAUCAAGACUUUAGGGCAAGAGAAGAUCUCUCUCAUGAUAGAGACCAAAGACUUCAGGAAGAAAAUCCACCUGCUGGACUGGACGAACCAAUCCCUCCAGUUCCAGGCAGAGGAGGUGGCAGAAAACACGAGGUACUUCCAGCUGGUGUGGGUAACCAAGGAGCUCCAGUCCGUCAUCAAGGGAGGGGUUGAUCACCUCAAGUCAGCAGAGAUCGCGACGCUCGAGAAGCAGCUCGAGCAUAACAAGCACCUCCAUGAUGUCAAAGUGCAGGAGAUGAAGCAACGGCUCUUCAGAGCUCACAAGCAGAUCAGGGAGAAGGAGCUGGAGAACAGCAAGCUCCUCGAGUACGUGCAAGACCUUGCCGUCUCCGUCGCGCAGAGAGAGAAGAUCAUGAAGGUGAGGCAGUCGGAAGCAGAGUCGCUGGACGACAAGGAGUACAAGAUGCAGGAGGUGAUAUGGAGGAGGCUUGUGCUGGAGGAAGCAAGGCAGCAGUCGGAGGACAUCGCGGUGUUGAAGGCGGAGGUGGACAGGCUCCGUCAGAGAACUUUCCCGUCGUUUGCUAAGAGUUAUGCGAUGCAGAACGCGAGGAGGUGA